AUGGCCCAAUCUGAAGGCAAGAGGUGGGGGGAACUCAAUAACUCUGAAUGGGUCCAAGUUAACUUAGAGAAAAAGAGAAGAAAGAAGCGUGGUCAGCCUGAUGAGCCAGUUUCUGAGAUCUUCAAUUUGCCUUUACCUCCAGACUUUGAAGCCGAGAUUAACAAGAAAUUUCCUGCAUGUGAAAAAUUGCUUUGCAUGCGGAAGAUCCUGACUGAAUCGGAUGUCAGCAAAAAACAAGCUAGGCUUAACAUGCUCUGCCAUGAGUUGGAGACAUUCCGCUUCUUGAAUGAUGAGGAGACUGGGGACCUGAGGCAAGGAAAGGGCACUGAAGUUCCUGUCAUGCAUAAAUCCAUCACACGUGGUGUCAAAGAAAGCCCGAUGAGCUUUUUUCAACGCGAUGUUCGCAAGGAUUCUCAUCCUCCAGAACGAGUUAGCUCAUCUUAUGUCUUCACGAAGGGCUGGAACUCGCUGGUCUCAGAAGACGGCCUCAAAAAAGGAGAUGUCAUUCAGUGCUGGGCUUUCAGGGAUGGAGAGAAGCUGGUGGGUAUGGCUCUUGUGAAGGAGGAUCGAUCUGUCAAUUUGGCAUCAUCCCACCAUCACGCGUGGUAA